AAAUGAAAUACGGCAACGUCACGCACAGCGGACCACAGAGUACUUUUUGCAGCGGAGCGGACUCAUGAAUCGGAAAGAGUGAUUUACACAUUCGGCGUUACAAAUAAUUUAUUAAAUUUAAGAAAUUUAACUAUAUUUAGUGAAUAAAAUGGCAGAUAACAAAAGCCCUGAUGAUCUUUCCACUGCGAUCCUGCGUCGCAAGGACAGGCCCAACCGUCUGAUCGUCGAGGAGGCUGUGAGCGAUGACAACUCGGUGGUCGCUUUAUCACAGGCCAAAAUGGAGCAGUUGCAACUAUUCCGCGGGGACACGGUGCUGCUCAAGGGCAAGCGGCGCAAGGAGACGGUGUGCAUCGUGCUGUCGGACGAGCACUGCCCCGACGAGAAGAUCCGCAUGAACCGCGUGGUGCGGAACAACCUACGCGUGCGCCUCAGCGACGUGGUCUCCAUCGCGCCGUGCCCCUCCGUCAAGUACGGCAAGAGGGUGCACAUACUGCCCAUUGACGACUCGGUGGAAGGCUUGACUGGAAAUCUAUUUGAAGUGUACCUGAAACCGUACUUCAUGGAGGCGUACCGGCCCAUACACCGUGACGACACGUUCAUGGUGCGCGGCGGUAUGAGAGCUGUGGAGUUUAAGGUGGUGGAGACGGACCCCGCACCAUACUGUAUCGUGGCCCCGGAUACUGUUAUACACUGUGAAGGAGACCCCAUCAAACGUGAGGAAGAAGAGGAGGCCCUGAACGCGGUGGGCUACGACGACAUCGGCGGCUGCCGCAAGCAGCUGGCGCAGAUCAAGGAGAUGGUGGAGCUGCCGCUGCGGCACCCCUCGCUGUUCAAGGCCAUCGGAGUGAAGCCCCCGCGGGGCAUCCUCAUGUACGGGCCUCCGGGCACAGGCAAGACCCUCAUCGCGCGCGCCGUGGCUAACGAGACCGGUGCAUUCUUCUUCCUGAUCAACGGUCCGGAGAUCAUGUCGAAGUUGGCCGGCGAGUCUGAGUCCAACCUGCGCAAGGCGUUCGAGGAGGCGGACAAGAACUCGCCCGCGAUCAUCUUCAUCGACGAGCUCGACGCCAUCGCGCCCAAGCGAGAGAAGACCCACGGCGAGGUCGAGCGCCGCAUCGUGUCACAGCUGCUCACGCUUAUGGACGGUAUGAAGAAAUCGUCCCACGUGAUAGUAAUGGCGGCCACCAACCGGCCGAACUCGAUCGACGCGGCGCUGCGUCGCUUCGGUCGCUUCGACCGCGAGAUCGACAUCGGCAUACCCGACGCCACCGGCCGACUCGAGAUACUGCGCAUCCAUACCAAGAACAUGAAGCUGGGAGACGACGUUGAUUUGGAGCAGAUCGCAGCGGAGUCCCACGGCCAUGUAGGCGCUGACCUGGCGUCCCUUUGCUCCGAGGCGGCGCUGCAGCAGAUCCGUGAGAAGAUGGACCUCAUCGACCUGGAAGACGACCAGAUCGACGCGGAGGUGCUCAACUCGCUCGCCGUCUCCAUGGACAACUUCCGCUACGCGAUGACCAAGUCGUCGCCGUCGGCGCUGCGCGAGACGGUGGUGGAGGUGCCGAACGUGACGUGGACGGACAUCGGCGGGCUGCAGAACGUGAAGCGCGAGCUGCAGGAGCUGGUGCAGUACCCCGUGGAGCACCCCGACAAGUUCCUCAAGUUCGGCAUGCAGCCGUCGCGCGGCGUGCUGUUCUACGGCCCGCCGGGAUGCGGUAAAACGCUUUUGGCCAAAGCUAUCGCUAACGAGUGCCAGGCCAAUUUCAUUUCUGUGAAAGGCCCCGAGUUGCUAACUAUGUGGUUUGGUGAAUCUGAAGCCAACGUGCGAGACAUCUUUGAUAAGGCCCGGUCGGCAUCGCCCUGCGUGUUGUUCUUCGACGAGCUGGACUCCAUCGCGAAGUCGCGCGGCGGCUCCGUGUCGGACGCGGGCGGCGCUGCCGACAGGGUCAUCAACCAGAUCCUCACCGAGAUGGACGGCAUGGGCGCCAAGAAGAAUGUCUUCAUCAUUGGUGCGACAAACCGGCCCGACAUCAUCGACCCGGCGAUCCUGCGGCCGGGGCGCCUGGACCAGCUCAUCUACAUCCCGCUGCCCGACGAGAAGUCCCGCGAGGCCAUCCUGCGCGCCAACCUGCGCAAGUCGCCCAUCGCCAAGGACGUGGACCUCACUUACAUUGCUAAGGUGACGCAAGGCUUCAGCGGCGCCGACCUGACGGAGAUCUGCCAGCGCGCGUGCAAGCUCGCCAUCCGGCAAGCCAUCGAGGCGGAGAUACACCGCGAGCGCGCGCGCCAGCAGCAGCAGCCCUCCGCCGUCAUGGACAUGGACGAGGAGGACCCGGUGCCGGAGAUCAGCCGCGCGCACUUCGAGGAGGCGAUGAAGUUCGCGCGCCGCUCCGUGUCCGACAACGACAUCCGCAAGUACGAGAUGUUCGCGCAGACGCUGCAGCAGAGCCGCGGCUUCGGCACCAACUUCAGAUUCCCAGCAUCAGGAGCGGCGUCAGGCGGCACGGGCACGUCGGGUGGGGACCAACCCACCUUCCAAGAGGAGGGCGGUGACGACGAUCUCUAUAGUUAAGUGCCGCGACUCCCCCCGGCAAGCUAUCUGUGAACGCACCGGACGCUCGCUGCAGUUUUAGAACUGACGUUAUUACAUAAGAAUUAUCUUAUAAAAUUAUACUUAGGAAUAUGUUUUGGGGCCCGUACGUAAAAUACGACGCGUUUUUUGUUUAUCAAAUACGGAUUAUUUUUGUGUAAACUGAAAUCGUAAUUUCGUAUUGAGUCCUCCAUUUUCGAAUAUUUUAAUUCAAUAAUGAUCGAUGUAUACGUAAGUAAGACAUAUUAAAGUGUACUCACAGCCAAGCUGGACAGAAAGGUAAUUAUAGUGGGCGCAAGAUAAGUUUGUGCGUGGCCAAAAUCGGAACUAUUCAAAAGUGCCGCCAUCUUGUCGUCUAUCUCUAUCUAUCUCUUGGCGGGUAAAAGAGAUAACUAACCCUGGCAACAUUAUAACGCCGCCCCUACUUAUCUUGCGCGCACUUUACUUGUUUCAAAGAGCUUCAAUUUAAUUAAUUAUUGAAAUUGAUUUUAAUUAUUUUAUUUUUAAAAUGAGAUAAGUGGCACAAAACUAUCUGAAAACGGCAAUUAUUAGCAGGUCUAAAACUAAAAAUUUAAUGAGCGUAUUUUACGGACUGCCCCUUACGAAUACAUUAUGGGUGUUUAGGAAGAGGUAUCGCAAGCACUGGGCACCGUUUUGAAAUUUAUUUCAUAGACAAUAGAGGGCGGUAGUUUGACUGCAGCCUCGUCUCCAAAUGAAUAUGUAAAUGUAUUUAUUUUAUAAUACAAUCAUAGUUUGAUUUGCUUAUGUUUUGUUGUAUUGUUUGGAAGGUCCCGCUCGGCCGGGUGUACUAUAAUAUAAAGUAAUUGUUACCUGUAAUUGUCAGAUCGUGUGCGCGACAGUCGGUCUGUGCCGACGUUACACAAUACCGCAGUGAUUUUUAUUGAAUAAAAGAUUUUUUAUAGUC